AUGGCCGUCCGCAAACGCUGCCUCCUCUGGGACUGGACCAACACGCGAGACAUGCCCGACACGAUCGAGCAGCUCAACUUCUCGGGACCCUUCAGCUCCGUCGCGAACUGGAACCCGUGGGUCCCUCCGGAACUCAAAGGCCGGCUGCCCUACCGGCCGACGAUCCGCACACCCGCUCAGCUCGAGGGCAACGACUGGGCGAUGAUCGCCGACUACGAGCGCAACCGCCACGAGGUCGUGCACUACUUCAACGAGCCGGAGCGCAUCCCGGGCUGCACGCCCGAGCUCGCGGCCGACAAGUGGGCGACGCAGGUCGUGCCGCUGCUGCGCGCGACGCAGGGCCGCAAGCUGGUCGGCCCGGCCGUGGCGAGCGACGACGCCGGCCGCGCGUGGCUGCGGCGCUUCAUGGCGCUCGUCGCGGGCUGCGUGCCCGACUACCUCGGCGUGCACUACUACGGCACCGUCGCCGCGGAGGCUCGGGCGUACAUCACCAGCAUGCACGAGGAGUGGCCGUCGCUGCCGGUGGUCGUGUCCGAGGUGGCGAGCAUCAGCCGGUCAGGACCUGAGGUCGAAAAGUUCACUGCUGAGCUGGCCAACUGGCUGGAUGAGACGGAGUGGGUGUACGAGUACGCCUUCUUCGGCUGCAUGAACCAUUGCGCGGACGACUUCGUAAGUCCUGCAGCUCAGCUGAUGGACAAGGAUGGCAAAUUCACGCCUCUGAUGAAGAGGUUGAUGGACGAGCAGCCAAUGAAGGUUUGA